AUGUCUGGUCGUCCCACUCUCCUCAGGCCGCCGCCUGAGGAUCCUAAUAAAGCUCCCAUUGAAAAUGCGCUCGAAGUAACCGAGAUGGCGGUUCUCGGUCCAAAUAUCUUCACCAAUACUAGGCAACCAUGGCAUCCUCCAGGAGCGCGAGGCAUCUACGGCGGCGCAGUGAUCGCCAUGUGUCUCGCAGCCGCCCAACGAACCGUGGCCCCUGACUUCGUCGUACACAGUUGCCAUUGUUACUUCCUGCUGGCCGGCUCAUCCGAGCUGCCUAUCCUCUUUCACGUCGAGCAGGUCCGCGAUGGCCGCUCCUUCGCGACCCGCACGGUCCAGGCCCGCCAGCGCGGCCGUUGCAUCUUUACCACCACUAUUUCCUUUGUGCGCCUGGACCCGGCCACAGUCUCACCCGACACACAUGUGCGGCACUCAUCUGAGCUUCCCCGGGCCGGGCCUGACAACGCGCCGCUCAAGCCGCCACCGGACGACUAUACUGACGAGCCGGAGGUUGUGUCUCAGGGCCCGUUCCAGGGCACCAAGAUCGAGAUGGUCAACGAAGACUCACCCAACCCGUGCGACAAGAAGACGCGGCAAUGGAUCCGUGCGCGCGGCAAAAUCACGGGCGGUAUGGCGGCGCAUCUCGAGGCCCUCGCCUACGUCUCGGAUAGUUACUUCAUCGGGACUAUCACGCGCAUCCAUAAGCUUUGGCGGUUUCCCUUCCGUGCGGAGGAGUUUGAGGACCUGUCGCCGCGGUUGCAGGAGAAGGUUCGGGCAUUGCACGAGUGGGAGGGCAUGGGCAGCGACCCGCGUGAGAUGAUUGGACGUCCGGAAAUCGGUAUGAUGGUCAGCUUGGACCACACCAUCUAUUUCCACAACCCGGGUAAGGUGCGCGCCGAUGAGUGGAUGUUGAGUGAGAUGGACAGCCCGUGGGCCGGUGAUGAGAGGGCCGUGGUGACGCAGAAGAUUUUCAGCAAAGAUGGCACGCUGCUGGCGACUUGCGUGCAGGAGGGCCUUAUCCGCCUUAAGAAACCCAAUACCAGCAAGAGCAACGAACCAAAGGUCAAAGCCGGUGAGCCCAAGCUGUAG